AUGAGAUGUGAUGCUCCUUCUUUAUCUCUAGCUGAUUAUAAUUUUAUUAUUCAAUGUCGUAAUAAUAUGCCAAGGACUAAAGUUUUGAAUGAGCUAAAAGAAAAAUAUAGCAUAUCACAAAAACAUAUUUAUCAGAUUUGGAGAGGCGAGGAAAAAAAUAGGGUUGCUUGGGAUCAACCAAUUUUGGCUCACGACUUUGUCGAGGAAGGUAGAGAAAAUAUUAUUUCCCCGCAGAUCAAAGAUCAAGGGGAUUUGAAAAAAGAAAAUUCUGAUCUUAAUGAUCAGAUUCCACCUCUUGACUUU